UACUCUCAUGACUGCUGAUGAAUUGUGUAAAGUCUCAGCCACUGUCGCAGGCGAUAAGUAUCUCUCCUGACCCAACACUAUCGACAGAUCUGUCCUGGCAGCUUCAGGAGGCGUGGUUGAUCUCGCUGAGUCAAGCGCGCUUGUCAUUAACAGUCAGCAGGCUUCAUGGUAGAAAUCGAUAUAAAGACAGCUUUCCUUCUCCUCGGACCUGCCAUUCUGACCUUCCAAAUCGACAGCAGAAGCUAGCAAGUACACAAGACUCACUCACACAGAAGCACACAUGUCGUCUCAACGCCUCGCACCGGGCUCCCUCAUUCUUGUUACGGGUGCUACCGGUUUUAUAGGCAGUUCAGUCGCAGAGCAUCUCGUUCGCCAAGGAUUCCACGUGCGCGGGGUUACGCGAAGCGCCAGUCGAGCUCAAGCACUCAAGUCUAAGCUCGACAAGGAGCACGGAGCUGGAUCAUUCGAAACUGUCGAGAUACACGACAUUACCCAGGCCAAUGCAUUCGACGAAGCCAUCAAGGGCGUCGAUGGCGUGCUUCACCUAGCCACCGACUCUUCGCUCUCGGACGAUGCCGCAACAGUUGUCAAGUCUGUGGUCGACGGGACACUGUCGCUCGCACGCGCUGCAGCCAAGACACCGAGCGUCAAGUCAUUCGUAUUGACGAGUUCUAGGAUUGCCUCUUUCAAUCCCGAGUCUGGCAAAACGUACAGGCCUGACAUGAAUAUCUACUUUGAAGAGGCUGUCACUCGUGCCUUUGCCAAAGGCGACGAUCCCUUGCGCGGUGUCUAUGCGUACGCUGCCAGCAAGGUCGAAGGCGAGAAAGCCUUUUGGAAGUUCGUCGAUGCAGAGAAGCCAGCUUAUAGCGCCAAUGCUGUCCUACCCGACUACGUGCUCGGCCGAGUUUCCAACCCUGAAAAGGGCAAGUACAGCACGCAUACUUUCCUCAACGAUAUUCUCGAAGGCAAGCCAGAGAUGGCUCUCGCGUUCAACGCUGUGCCAUCGUGGUACGUCGAUGUGGAAGAUGCCGCAAGAGUUCACAUCGCCGCUCUGCUCGAGCCCGAUGUCAACCACGAGCGUCUCUGGGCAGCAGCCGGUCCGUUUUCACUUGACGAAGCGCUCGAUGCUUGGAGACAUGCUUGGCCAAAGGCAAACGUUCCACAGGAUUUCAAGGGUCUGCCAGAGCCUGCCAAGGUGCUCAUCAAUAACACCCGCUCGACAGAACUGCUCAAGCGACAAGGACGGGCUGGCUGGGUGUCAUUCAAGGACGCCGCAGUCUCAAAUGCCAGAGAGCUGUUCGUCUAGCUCUUCCCUGGAAAAUUGCACAAAUAAUGCAAGAAUUUGGACUAUCGCUUCUUA